AUGCUACUCAUUUCAUGAUGGGGCGCGUGUGGUUCGUCAAACUGGCAGCGGGUGGGUUCAGCGUUCUUCAACUAGACACCACACAACUUUCCAAAUAAAAUAAUAAAAAAAUACUCCUAAAUAUUAUUUUCUUAUUCACCCUAUUUUCCCAGAUUGGGGCCAAAAUUGAAAAUUCACUCUUUAAUCCAAAACUAUAUUCGAAUAUGACAAAAGUUGAAGGACCAAAACCCAAAGAAACUGCAAAAAGCCAAAGCCAGCUGGUUAGGGCGAAACUAGGGUCACGUACUUUGACAGAAGGCCUGGUGAAGCUCUCCGCCAAAACCAUGACCGGCGAUUCCACGUUUACACCGACCGACCAUGCCAUGUCACCCAAUCCUAACCUCGAAAUCACUAUAGAAGAGUGUUCUCAAAACAGUGAGCAUCUGCUUGAGAAUGAAGGGAAUGACCUUGAGAACGACAGCGAGCAAUUAUUUGAGAUUGAAGGUGAUGACCAAGAAAAUGAAAGGGAUGAUACAAGUGACCACUUAUUUGAAAUUGAAGGCAAUGAUCAUGAUAAUGACAGAGAUGAUGCAGAUGUGCAAUUGUUUACCAUUGAAGGAAAUGACACUGAAGAAAACAGAGAUGAUACAACCAUAGUUGAUGCUCCCAAUGAUGCAUCCCAACAAAAGGUCUAUCUCCCACCAGUUGUGGGGAUGGAGUUUGAAUCAUAUGAUGAUGCUUACAACUAUUACAAUUGCUAUGCUAAGGAGCUCGGAUUUGCUAUCAGGGUAAAAUCUUCAUGGACAAAACGUAACAGCAAAGAGAAGCGUGGUGCAGUACUCUGUUGUAAUUGUGAGGGUUUCAAAACAAUCAAAGAAGCAAACAGUCGUCGGAAGGAAACGAGAACUGGCUGUCAAGCAAUGAUAAGGUUGAGAUUAGUGGAAUCUAACAGAUGGAGAGUGGACGAAGUCAAGCUUGAACACAAUCAUUUGUUUGAUCCUGAAAGGGCUCAAAACUCCAAGUCACACAAGAGGAUGGAUGUUGGGGUCAAAAGAAAGUUGGAACCUACUCUUGAUGUUGAAGUACGAACAAUCAAGCUAUAUCGAACACCUGCUGCUGAUGCAGUUGGUUUUGGAAGCUCAAACCUUAAUGAAGGAGAAACCAACAACCUCGUUGAUCAGUCUAGGCACUUGAAACUUAACGAAGGAGAUACACAGACUAUAUAUAAUUUCUUCUGUAGGGCUCAACUAAGUGAUCCAAACUUUUUCUAUGUGAUGGAUCUCAAUGAUGAAGGGCAUCUAAGGAACAUGUUUUGGAUUGACUCUAGAUCCAGAGCUACAUAUGGUUACUUUGGUGAUGUUGUUGCAUUUGACACAACAUGCUUGUCAAACAAUUAUGCAAUUCCAUUUGUUGCAUUUGUUGGAGUCAAUCACCAUGGACAAGAAGUUCUACUGGGCUGUGGUUUUCUUGUGGAUGAGACAUUAGAGACAUACAUAUGGUUAUUUAGGGCAUGGCUUACAUGCAUGUCUGGUCGGCCACCACAGACUAUCAUCACAAACCAGUGCAAAGCUUUGCAAAGUGCUAUUGCAGAGGUGUUUCCUCGGGCGCAUCAUCGGAUUUGUUUGUCAGAUAUUGUGCAAAGUAUUCUUGAGAACAUGGGAGGAUUGCAAGAGUAUGAGGCCUUUCAGAUUGUUUUGUUCAAAACUAUUUACGACUCUCUUAAAGUGGAUGAGUUUGAAAUGGCAUGGGAAGAUAUGAUCCAGUGCUUUGGAAUUAGGGAUCAUGAUUGGCUUCGAAGUUUAUAUGAAGAUCGUGAGAGAUGGGCUCCAGCUUACUCCAAAGACACUUAUUUUGCUGGACUCUCAAAUUUUCUCAGGGGUGAGUCAAGGAGCUCAUUUUUCUAUGGCUAUCUUGAUGAACAAACUUCUUUGAAAGAAUUUUUUGACAUUUAUGAUCUAGUACUAGAUAAGAAGCGUCGCCAAGAAGCUCUUGAUGAUUUUGAGUCAAGAGAUUUAAGUCCCAUAUUGAAAACAAGAUGCUCUUAUGAGUUGCAGCUCUCUAAACUAUAUACAAAAAAUAUAUUCCAAAAGUUUCAGGUUGAGGUUGUGAUGAUGUCUUCUUGUUUUAGCAUUACACAAGUUCACACAAAUGGAUCAAUUGUGACAUACAUGAUCAAAGAACGUGAAGGGGAAGAAAUUCCAAGGGAUGUUAGAAACUUUGAAGUGAUGUAUGAUAAAGCAGGAGCAGAUGUUCGCUGCAUAUGCAGUUGCUUCAAUUUCAAAGGCUAUCUAUGCAGACAUGCAUUGUGUGUCCUUAAUUACAAUGGCAUAGAGGAAAUUCCAUAUCAAUAUAUCUUGUCAAGGUGGAGGAAGGAUUUUAGACGACUUUAUGUACCAGAUCUUGGCUCUAAUAAUGUUGAUAUCACAAACCCAGUACAGUGGUUUGAUCAUUUGUACAGACGAGGAAUGCAAGUUGUUGAAGAAGGUAUGAUUUCUCAAGAUCAUUAUAUGGUUGCUUGGCAAGCAUUUAAAGAGUCAUUGAAUAAAGUCCGUCUUGUUGCUGACAAGCAUGUAUAGAGAAUAAUAAUUUAUGUGUAUAAUAAUUCUUUGUAUCA